GCGGGGCCGCGCAGCUCGUGUACGCGCAGUGGGAGCUGAAACCCAAUAGAGUAGAGUUGACAGUCGGAGCCAGAGGAGUCUAGGCUGCAGCUGCGCGUCCGCACCAUAAUAUAACCGAACAUAAAUACUCUGAGGUGCACGCACAGUCCAAAAAUUACGCAGAGAAACAGAGGACUGUUCUUUUUUGUUGUUGUUUUUCUAUGUUUUAUUUUUUUUUGUAUAUUCCGUUUACUAUUUAGGGGAUUCACGUGAGUUUGUGCAGUAUUGUUUUCCCUAACUAUUAGGAUUUUCUAUAAAUUGUGUAUGCUGUUAUUCCACAGCGUGUUGAAAUUGGACGGAUAUACCUGUUUUGUGUACGCCUCCUCCGCCUGGUUCAUUUUUAAUAGUGUUUUGAUGUUUGGAUAGUUCUUUGCACAACAUGUUCCCGUGCAGCAUAGUGUUACCGUGCGUUGGAUUGUCGCUGACUUCAGACUAAUCAACCAUUCCCAAACUCAUCUGCAACUGUAACGACAGGAGAAACAGACCAUUAUUAACCAUGUCACACGCAAAAGUGGAAUUCGCUUCCCGCGGCUUCCCAACAUUACCUGUUGAUUUGGACGAAGACUUCGCGGCACGGGUACCCAUGUUGCGCACACACUCUCUCAGCACCAGAAGGAACUCGUACGUGCUUCACAAAAUUAGCGUAGACAUCGAACCCCAAAUAUACACUGGGGCACUUUCCAAAGCCUUGUCCUGGUCGGCCGAAAACAUACUUGCGCAGAGAAGCACACAAGAGAGGAAGGACGAUACUCCGCCGUCUACAUCCACCGUCUCCAGGCCAGACGGUACCGUGACCCCCUCGUCUCCCCCGGAAAACUGGGAGAUCGCGGAGGAGCCCAGUCCGGUCGCGCAGGCACCGAGCUCGGACUCAGAUAAUGAAGCAGUGAAAAGCCCGCCAGUGCCCCGUCGGGCGCAGGAGAGCAAGUGGGAACUCGACGAGAAGGAGGACGUGGAGACCAAAGCGGUGGCCACCUCACCAGAUGGACGCUACCUGAAAUUCAACAUCGAGAUCGGCAGGGGUUCAUUCAAGACAGUGUACAAGGGACUGGACACAGAAACUACAGUGGAAGUGGCCUGGUGUGAGCUACAGACGCGUAAGCUGACCAAGGCGGAGCGUCAGCGCUUCAGUGAGGAGGUGGAUAUGCUCAAGGGACUGCAGCACCCCAACAUUGUGCGUUUCCAUGACUCCUGGAAGUCCACCGACAAGGGCCAGAAGUGCAUCAUUCUUGUCACUGAGCUCAUGACCUCUGGCACCCUCAAAACGUACCUGAAGCGCUUUAAGGAGAUGAAGCUGAAGCUCCUGCAGCGCUGGAGCCAUCAGAUCCUGAAGGGGCUGCACUUCCUGCACACGCGCACGCCCCCCAUCAUCCACCGUGACCUCAAGUGCGACAACAUCUUCAUCACCGGCCCCACUGGCUCUGUCAAGAUCGGAGACCUCGGCCUUGCCACGCUGAAGAGUGCCUCCUUUGCCAAAAGUGUCAUAGGAACGCCGGAAUUCAUGGCUCCGGAGAUGUACGAGGAGAAGUACGAUGAGGCCGUGGACGUGUACGCUUUCGGAAUGUGCAUCUUGGAGAUGACCACCUCCGAGUACCCAUACUCAGAGUGCCAGAACGCCGCACAGAUCUACCGCAAAGUCACCAGCGGUAUGAAGCCAGACAGCUUCUUCAAAGUAAAAGUCCCUGAACUGAAGGAGAUCAUCGAGGGCUGCAUCCGCAUGAACAAAGAUGAAAGGUACACCAUCCAGGACCUUCUGGAACACUCGUUCUUCCAGGAAAACACGGGCGUGCGCGUGGAGCUUGCCGAGGAGGACGACUUGCACAAGGCCAGCCUCAAGCUGUGGCUGCGCAUGGACGACACCAAGAAGCUGCAUGGGAAGUACAAGGACAACAACGCCAUUGAGUUCCUGUUUGAGCUCUACAAGGACGUCCCUGAGGAGGUCGCCCAGGAGAUGGUGGUGCUGGGUUUCGUGUGUGAGGCCGACUACAAGCUGGUUGCCAAAGCAAUGCGGGACCGCGUGACGGCCAUCAAGCGGCAGCGAGAACGCCAGCGUCGCCUGGCCGAGGAGCAAAAACGCCGUGACACCAUCGAAGAAGAGCCAGAGCCUCUCUCCCCGAAGCCCAUUAGCCAGCCGAUGCAGAGCCCCUCCCCCUUACCACCUCCAACCCCGCCCACACCCACACCUUCCACUCUGAUGUCACCAGACUCCGCCCUGUCCAUGAUUGGUGGGCCAGUGGACUCCGCCCUGCUUGUGGUCAGUGGGUCGGUGGACUCGGCCGUUUCCAUGGUGAACAGUUCGCUGGACUCUGGAAUGAUCGGGGGCUUCCCGCAGGAGGAGAGUGAGGAGCCAGAGGCCGACCAACACUUCCACAUCCGACAUGUCAUCUGCUCCUCAGCCAACUCGGACUGUGAGACAGACGGCUAUCUCAGUCCUUCCUGUCUCCAGGACCCCUUAGAGAUGUCCAACAGCGUCAGCAGCACCCCGACGACCCCCUACAGCCCUCAGAUUCCACUUCCUGUACCUGCCCAGUCUAUGCCAGUGCCAGGCCAUCCAAUGCCUGCCCUGCGCUUCCCUUCGAGCAUUGCGGUGUCCACUAACACGGACCGGGCUCAAUCCGGGCUCACCAGUGGCUUCAAUUCACCUGGUGACAGUUAUGCAUCUGAUGUGACCUCUGGCUUGAGUGAUGGGUACGAGGGCCAAUCAGAAAAGGCCAGCAAGACAGCCGCAAGGAAGACAGCAGCGAAGCUGUUCAGAAGGAGGGCAAGAUCCCGCCUCCGCAUUACUGGGCUGUCUGAUAAAGUAGACCGCGUUGUCGAAUGCCAACUGCAGACCCACAAUGACAAGAUGGUCACCUUCAAGUUCGACCUGGAUGGGGACAACCCAGAAGACAUUGCAGCCGUCAUGGUACACAAUGAGUUCAUCCUCCCCUCGGAGCAGGAGGGGUUUAUCCACCGCAUGUGUGACAUCAUCAAGCGGGCGGAGUCUCUGAUGGAGAAAGAGCUUGAGGAUCACGGGGCCAACCACUGCAUGAUGCGCCCCCCUUACCUGAGUGGGACCGGUGCUCUCUCCGCCUCCCAGCCGAACCUGCACAGCCACAGUCUUGCGCGGACACACUCGACCUCGUCUCUGCCCGCUGACUUUAGCACAGCGGGCGUAGGCGUCGGUGUGUGCACGUCUCCACCGUGUCAGACUCCAGACGUCAGCACUCCAGUGCGGCCCCUCUUACGCUCCCAGUCCUUUCACAACGCACCAGGCUCUCCUCAUCACUACCACCACCCCCCAGCCUCACUCUUCUCUCCAGAUCCGAUGAUGCCUCUGUCCAAGCUGGCCCACCUGCAGCAUUACCACAUGUCCGGCCUCCUGGGAAACACCCACUUCCCUUUCCCUUACCCAAUCGGCCACCUGGAUGCCCCCAAAACCCCGCCCAGAGUCCCGCCCCCUGCUGUCCCGCCCCCUGCUGUCCAGCUCCCCUUCUCCUCCCCUCCCCCACCGCCGGCUCCCAGCUCACCCGUGCCUCCCGUCCCAGAAUCCCUUGGGGCGGGGUGGGACGCCAGCCCCUGUCCCCUCACCACCGACCCGCCUCCCCUGGCCAACGUGCUGUCCAUGGCGAUGAGCAUGGCGCACUCCUUCAUGCCCGGCCCCACGCUGGCGUCUCCCCUGGCACAGGCUCUGCCCGGCGCCCUGUCCGGCUUCCACCACCACCACCACCACCACAUGUCCUCUCAGAUGGGGGGGUACCCGCACCCGCACAUGUACCCCCAGGCGCCCCCUUACCCCACAGCCACGCCUGCCGACCCGGGGUACGGAACAGAGUACCACCACCACUAUCUCCACUCCCACGAUGCCCAUGGUGGGUAUGAGUCCAUGCCAAGGGGGUACAGCCCCACCCCACCCCACUCGGUGUCCCCUAUGGCCCCCGUAGGGCACCACUCCCCUCCAGACCCCCCAACCACCACCACCACCCCUCUGUCCCCUCCGCAGGGGGGGUUCUACUGCCCCUCACCCCUCCCUCAGGAGACCCAUCAGGUGCACGCGCACCCGUUGCCAGGGCCACCGCAUCAGGACCGAUCAGGCUGCAUCUCUCCUCUGGCCCUGUCAUCCCCCUCGAGGACCAGUCCAGAGAGUACGAUGUCCUCGUCUAGCCUGCGAUCCCUUUCCCCGCUGGCGACGGCGGAACCAUGCGGUCCAUUGUCCGAGAGCAAAGCGUCGCCGGCAUUCGACGCAGAGCCAAAGCCAACUGUCACAGUGGGACGUUUCCAGGUCUCACCCAGUAAGGAGUUGCCAUUGAAAACCACACCCAUGCCCACACCCACUGCUUGUCCAAUCACAUCUACUGUUGACCAAACCCCGCCCCGCCCCCAGUGUAACCCCGCCCCCCGAAAUGAGCCACAAGGGUGUGCGAGGACACUCCCAUCACCUCUCAGCGCCGGCCACAACCAGCACACAUCGACGGCGGGGUCACCCCAAAACCAGGAGCACCUCACAGGGUCUCCCCUUCUCCAGAACCUUCUAACAGGGUACCCUCAGAGCCAGGGGAGUAGAGCAACAGAUCCUCCCCAGGAUGAGCAGCUCCUGGUGGGCAGCAGCAGUGACCAGCCAGCCUCUCUGCCUCUGGAUCAAAGCCAGAUCCUUCUGGAGACCAAAGAUGAUGAUGAUGAGGAUGAUGGUGAUGAUGAUGAUGAAGAGGAGGGUGAUGGUGAAGAGGAGCAAGAUGAGGAGGAGGAGGAAGAGCAGGAGCAUCGGCGCCGGAGGAAGAGGGGCCGUCGGCCGGACCUGACCCUAAGCCUGCUGGGGACAUCGGUGAACAGCAGCUUCGACGGCGAGGGGGCCCUGUGGGAGGACAUGGGGUCCGCAAGCCCCCAGUACCCCGCACCUCUGCACCACCUGUGGAUGAGCUACCUGCGUAACUCCUCCUACCUGAGCAGCGACGAAUCAGAGAGCGAGGUGGAGGGGGUCUGGGAGGAGCUUCAGGAGCUCAGAGAGAAACACAUGGGUGAGGUGCAGUCCCUGCAGUCGGCUCAGAAGCGGGAGAUCGAGGAGCUGUAUGAGCGGAUGGGGAAGGUGCCCCCUCCCGGGAUCGUCUCGCCGGCCGCCAUGUUGUCCAGUCGCCAGUGGCGCCUCUCCAAAGGGGGCGGCUACCCGCCCUCACGACGCAAUAGCCUCCAGAGGCUGGACAUCCUGCCACUGACAGGCAUGGUCAGAAAGAGCUCUCUGAGCGGCAGCAGCACAAGCAGCACCACCACCAGCGGCAGCGGCGGCAGUCGAAGCUCGUCCCAGGAGCGCCCUGGCAAGGUCGUGACCUUUGCCCCCGACUUCACCCGCAUGGUGAGCAGCUCUGCCUCCACCGCCUCCAGCCCUGUCAAGCAGGAGAUCUGACACCUGUGUGUGUG